AUGAAAGAUCAAACAAAUCAAAACUAAUUAAGAAAAUACAUCCUAACAAAUUUGAGAAUUCUUUUAGUAAUUCAUCAAAAACAUGUAAAAAUAUACUCAAUGCUGAAAUAUAUUAUCCUCUUUUUAGGAUAAUUGCAAAGUGCUUUUUUCUAUCUGUUUCCAUGCUACAUCUCUUCUCUUAAAAUGUAUAAUAAAUUCAUACUGAUUUAUCUUAUUAGACCUGAUUUACUUUUAAUUGAUAAUGUUAUGAUUGAUAUUUAAAACAUAUACCUAUUUCUAAUUCCACUUAUUAGCAUAAUCAUUUUUGAUUUAAUGAUUUUACAAGGGUAGGUCUUAAUUGAAUAUCAAUUUAAAAAGCAUCCUAUACAUCAACAUCAGCAAAUAAUUAUUUAAAGCUCCUUUUAAUAGUUGAUAUUAAAUUUCAAGUCUUUAUACUCUCAAUUGUUUAUUGUUUAUUUAUAUAUACCUGCUUAAGUAUUAUCUUUUACAUCAUUUGCCUCUUCAGAUACCAUUAAUGAUAUUGAAAUAGUUAUAUUAAGUAUUAUAACAGUAAUAGCUAACAUUUUUUUUUAGAUAUUGAAGUUAACAGUCAGUAAUACAACAAUGGAUUUAUGUAUUACUGGUUACGAAAGAUUAUAUUUUACUAAAAUAGAUUGUUUUAGAGAAAUUAUUAUAUUAAUAUAAGUCAUUUUAUAUAGUAUUAUUGAAGAUAAUGAAAGGGCUUAAAUAGCUUAAGGAAUAUUAUCUAUAAUAGUUAGUCUAUCAUUACUAAUAAAUAUAUUUAUGGAUAAAACUAUUGUUGUUGAAGGUUAUAUAACAUUAACCUUAAUUACACAAAUUAGUUUGUUAUCAUUAAUCUCAACAUCCCUCUUAGAAUUUUGGCAAUUAGGCUUAUUAUUGAUUCCCAUUCUUAUUUUUGUGGGAUAAAGUUAUAGAAAUUAAGAGCUUUUUAAAUUAAAUACAAAUAUCUCUGAAAUUAAAUGUAUUAAAAAAAUUAUUUAAUACAUUUCAUAUCAAAUUAAUAAUCAUUAAAAUUAAAAAUCAACUAUUAAUUAAAUCUCAUAAUCCAUUUUAUUAAAUUAUCAUAGAAGGAAAUGUAGUGAUAUUAAUUGCUAUUGUAAUACUAUUGCUGAAAAAACAGAUGAACCAUAUAAAGUUCUUUAUGUAUCAGAUCUUAUUUAAAAGAAAUUUGUAAUAAGUAAAAUAAAAUAAUGGAAUAAAGAGUUGAGCAAGAAAAGAAUAGAUCUAUCUGAUUAACAUUGGAUUUAUUAUAUUAGUACUUUAAAUCAUUAUGGUCUCACAACUACUGCAUUUUAAGAAUGUAAUCGAUUAUUAUCUUUAUAAAAUUCAAUCAAUCGUGGAUUUCUAAGUCACAAUGAUCUAAAUUCUUAAUCUUAAAAUCAUCAGCCAAGUUUACCAUCUUAAUAAAGUGGAUCAUAAUAACAUAGAAAAGUAUAAGCAAAAUUAUCAGUGAAUUCAAUUGAAUUAAAGUCAAAUCUAAAAUUAAACAUUAGAAAUUAAAUGCUUUCAUUGUUAUCAUUGAUGAAAUUAGAAAUUAUAAGCAAAGAUAUAAGAAUAGAAUUAUAAAACAAUUUUUUAAAAUUAUAGACUAAAUAAUAAGAAGAGAUUGCAGAAGCAAUUUAAUUAUAUUUAUUAAGUGAAUAAUAAAAUUAAGCUGUUAAACAUUAAGUAUUGAAAUGUUUAUAAUAAAAAUUAUAGUUUUAUAAUUUCAUAAUAAACAAAAAAAGUUAAAACUCUUUAGAAUUAUUUAAUAAUGCAAAAAUCUUAUCUAACUCAUUUUUUAAAUUAGAAAAAAAAUUAUUAUAAUAAUACUCAUAAUUUCCUAGUUAAAAAAUAUAAUCAAUAAAUUGUUUCUUUCAAUCAGAAUUACUUAAUAAUUAUUUAACAGCAUUUAAAUUAGCCAAUUUUAGCACAAUAGCUGAUGAAAAAUUAUUAAAUAUGAGAAAAAACAUAAAAAUUAAUUUAUUUGGUAAAAAUGUAGUACAUAUGUUGAUGAAUUUAAAUGAAGGCUUAUAAACAAUGAAUAUUUAUUCAUUUAGUAAUAAUGCUUAUGAUUUUUUAUAAAUCAGUUAUGAAGAUUGCAUGAGAGAGUAUAAGACAAUUGAUAAUUUAUUACCUUAAGCAAUAUUAAAUGAACAUCAUCUAUUAGUAUAAAGAUUUAUUGUAGAAGGAACUAGUAAAUAUUUUAGAAAUAUUGACUUAAGUUUUCUUUAAUUAUUAAAUGGACUUGUUAAACCAUUUAAUUUAAUUAUAGACAUAAUUUUGAAUUAGACUAACAAUUUAUCUUUUGUUGCAUUUUUUGAAGAGGUUUCUAUUACUAAUUGUUAUAUAUUAGUUGAUGUAAAUGAAUAAUGUGGAGGUAUUAGUUUCAAUUUAUUUGAAAAAAUAGGAUGGAGACAAAAUGAAAUAAAAUAAUAUUCUAAAUAAAUCAAUCAUGCUUAUUAAGUUAACAUUAAUUAAAUAAUUCCUAAUUUUAAUGAUUUAAAGGUUUCCUUAAAGGAAUAAAAAUUUUAUAAUACUCCAAUUAAUCUUUUAACAAAAAAAUCAAUUACAACUUUUCAAUAAAAGUCAUUCUUAUCCAUUCAUGAUAGUUGGAAAAAUAUUGGAAAUGUAAUCAAUUUAAUUGGAACGAUUAUAAUACAAUAGAGAGAAUUAUAUGGAUACUAUUAUUAUAUAAUUGAAAUAGAAGAUAUUAGAUUAUCUUAAACAUUUUCUCAUAUGAUGAACACUGAAGGGAAGGGUUUUACUAUUUAAUUAAAUGAGAUUGAUAAUACAGUUAAUGAAAUCGAAGUUAGUGAUUUAGUUGUUUCUUGUACUGAGGCUGGAGUAAACAAACCAUAAUCAUUAAACAUUUUUGCAUUAUCAUCAUCAAUAUCAGAAAAAGAUCAGGAUAAUUAAUAUUCUAAUUAAUAAUUAUAGGCAAUUCUUCAUGGAUAAUAAAUCAUAUAAGAUAGAGAAGUUGUUGUAUCAAAGUUACUUUAAUUAAAUUAAAAUUACUAAUAUUAGGCUUAUGAUAUUUAGAAUAUCAAUAAAAAUGAUGAAAAAUAGAAUAUUGGUGAUGUCAAUCCAAAUCAAAGCAUUCGAAAACUAAUUGAUACUAGCAAAUCCUUUACUUAAUAAAGGUUUUUUAAUUAAGAAAUUUAAGAUUUGGAUUAAUCAAAUAGUAAAAUAAGUGAUGCUGUUUAAAAUUAAAUGAAAGAUGUUAAUUAAAUGUAUGAUGUAGAUCUUAAUAAAAUUGAUAAAGAAAUGAGAGAAAAUAUUAGACUAUAAUUAUAACUUGAACUCGAUCAAAAAAAUUAAGCCAAUUAAUAAAUAGAUGAUGCUGCUUCUUAAGUAUCAUCUCUAAUAGGAUUAAAAAAAUCACUAUUUUAUAAAAAAUAUGAACUUAUAAAUAGAUUAAUGGAAAGUAAUUUGAGACCCAGUUCUUAUAGAUAUUGUAACUUAAUGCUAUUUCUAUCUUAAAUAAUAGUUAUUAUAUAUUGUAUAAUCAUAUUAACAAAUCUCAACAAAGAUUUUAAUAGAUUUAUCUAAGAAGUAGAUAUGCUCUUAUUUAGUUAUAGUUUUAUGACUCCUUUUGAUAUAUUCUUAGCUUUGAGAUUUUCAACUGUUUAUUAUUCUAUUUAGAUGUUAACAGGCAGAAUUUCAGCUAGUGAAAAUACCUAAUUAGGAGAUUGGUUAGCAAAUCAUUUAGGAGAAGGUUAUGAUGUAAUGAAAGAAAAUUUCUUAGAAUAAUUCUCCAAUCCAUAUAUCUUAGAAUUUUUUACAGAUGAAAAUUUUGAUGUACUUUUUAUGAAAACUAAUUCUUCAAAUAUGGAAAAGAAAACAAUUUCAUUUAGAGAAUCUUUAAAUGUUUUAUUAUAAUAUUAAUACUAAUUUAAAAUAGCAUAUCAACAGAAAACUCCUUUAUUGUCUCAAGCUUUUACUGCUUAUCCAUAUGCAAACUAUUUAAAUUUACAUGAUAAGUUUGAUAAUUUAACAUCCAGUAUUCUUGAAUAUACCAAAUAAAGGAAAUAAACAGUUUAAGAAAAUUGGACUAGAAUUUGGAUACCAUUUCUUAUUGUUGAUUUUUUAUUAAUUAUAGGUUGCUAUUAUCUUUAUAAAAGUUAUCUAUAAAUAUAUGAUAGCUUUUUAAAUUUAUUCAAAUAUGCUGAAACUAUUUGGAUCAAUAGAGAUAUGGAGAGGUAUAAAAUAUUGAUCAACAUUUUAAAUAAGAAUUCUGAUGUUAUGUUUAAAUAUUAAUUUGAUUUGGAAUAAAAAGAAAAAUUUAUGAUGGCUGAGAGAUAUAAAUUAGAAAAUUAAGGAGUUCAUGAAAGCAAGAAAAAGAAAUCAUAUAAAGAACAAAAUUAAAUGCCUACAUUAAUUGGAUUAAUUUCUCUAUCAGCUUUAUUUUCAGUAUUCUUCAUCUCAUCAUUAUUGAUUUAAUUAUCUACAAAUGAUUAUCUCGAUAAAUAUGGUCGUACAGCAGAUAUCUAUAAAUAUAUUGGAGAUUUAUGUUAUAAAAUACCAGGGUUAUUUUCAUAGAGGUAAUUUCUAUAUUGGUGGGCAAUUUAUUAUCUAGAUGUUAAUGACAAACCUAGAAUGUAGAAUAGACUUUUUGAUGGAAUUGAAAGUUGUAAGAAAUUUGAUAUGAUAAUGUAAUAUUUUGAUUAAGAAACUUAUUUAACAACUCAAGCUUUUGUUGAUUCCUUAACCAAUUUAACAAAAAAGCCAGUUUGUGACUUUUUUAAUCAAACAAUAUAAAAAGAUUACUCUUUUUACUGCAAUAGAUCAUUUGAAGGUGCUUUGACAAUGGGAAUCACAUAGGCUCUAAUAUAUGUAGGAAAUGCCUUUACAGUUGCAUAUGAAUUAAACAAUUUCACAUCAAUUGUCUAAUAUUUUAAAUAUGAAGCAGAAGGAAUGUAUAUAAUGGUUAAGGGAUUGAUUGAAUUAGUAAGCUCAUUAAAAGAUGCAUUACUUCAAGCCACAAAUUCACAUAUGAAUUAAAUUAUAGGUUUAAGUGUAUUCCUUUUAGUAUUUUAAAUUUUAAUAUUCCUGAUAUAAUUUUUUAUACUUCAUAGAUAUUAUUCACAUGAAUAUUAAUUAGUGAGAAGAUAUAUGUUGUUAUUACCCUCCUCGACAGUCUUAUUAGAUGACAAUUUCGAAAGAAAUAUUAGAAUAUUUUAUACACAAUUCUAAUUAUGA